AUGACCCGAGGGUGCAGCGAAUCGGGGCCACCACCCCUGGGGCCACCACCCCUGGGGCCACCACCCGUGGGGCCGUCACCCCUGGGGCCACCACCCCUGGGGCCACCACCCCUGGGGCCACCACCCCUGGAGGCGCCACCCCUGGGGCCGUCACCCGUGGGGCCACCACCCGUGGGGCCACCACCCCUGGGGCCACCACCCCUGGGGCCCCCACCCCUGGGGCCACCACCCCUGGGGCCACCAACCCUGGGGCCACCACCCCUGGGGCCACCACCCCUGGGGCCCCCACCCCUGGGGCCGCCACCCCUGGGGCCCCCACCCCUGGGACCGCCACCUCUGGGACCGCCACCCCUGGGGCCACCACCCCUGGGACCGCCACCUCUGGGACCACCACCUCUGGGACCGCCACCCCUGGGGCCCCCACCCCUGGGGCCACUGGCCUACACCAAGGACGCCUUUCUUCGUGGACUUGUCUCGCCAGCGUGA